ACGAAAAAAAGAAAGACGAAAAAAUAGAAGAUGAAAGAAAAUGGAAGACGAAAGAAAAGACAAAAGAAAUGAGAGUAAAAAAUGAAGGUGAGAUGAAAGAAAUGAGAAAAAAUAAAAAGAGGAAAGAAAAAAAGAAGAUGCAAGAAAAAAGAAAGUCAAAGAAAAAGAAAGACAAGAAAAAAAAAGACGACGAAAGAAACGAAAGAAAUGAGAAAAAAAAUAAAAAAGAGGAAAGGCGAAGAAAUAGAAAAAAUGAAAAAAAAAGAAAGACGGAGGAAACAAGAGGAAUAAGUAGAGGAAAGCGAAAAGAACAAAAAAAAAGAGAAAGUAUAAAUACAAAAUUAGUACUUAAUAUUUUAGCACAUCGCCAACGUUGUGAAGUUGAACUUAUAGAACAACGCCAACUUUAUUCACAAGAAUUCUUAGCUCAACCUCAAUUCGAAACUGAAGAACUACAGCAGCAAAACAAUCGUAAUACUACUGUUAGCCGUAAUCAUCGCACUAGCAAUAUUCAUUUACGCAAUAUAGCACUUAAUUUUUCUGAGGAUGCAAGCAAUUAUCCUGUUCUACAUAAAAUUAAUAUUACGAACAUCAAAACCUAUAACCAUUGUGAUGCACUUAAGCUGCCAAUAGAAACAAAUGCGAUUCCUAACUCAAACCUUAAUCAAACUACAAUUCAGACUUUAACAGCCAUGCUUAACCAACUAAAUUCUGAAACACAAACUCAAGCAAUACCAGACAACGAAAUACAAAACUUUGUUGAAGCACGUUGGGUCUCUGCUCCUGAAGCAGUAUGGAGAAUUCUCAAAUUCAAAAUGAAUGGAAUGAAUCCUGCGGUUACAUACUUACAAGUGCAUUUACCUAACCAGCAAUGA